CUUCGGGCUUUGGCUCGUAAUGGCAAUAGCCUAUGCAACGAUAGAAGCUCCAGAAGAGUUCGUCUCAUUGGCUGAGAUGGAAGACACUUUAUUGAGGAAUCUUUUUCGGGGGUAUCAGAAAUGGGUGAGGCCCAUCCUCCACGCCAACGACACGAUUACUGUUCGCUUCGGUCUGAAGAUAUCACAGCUGGUGGAUGUGACUCAUUACAGGGUGAAUAUCAGAGGAAGUUGUAUAAGGAAUUGAUGGAGAAUUACAACAGAUUGGAAAGGCCUGUGCUGAAUGAUUCUGCACCUAUUGUGGUGGAACUGGGGCUCACACUGCUUCAGAUUAUAGAUGUGGAUGAAAAAAAUCAGGUAUUAAUAACCAACGCAUGGCUACAGCUGUCCUGGACAGAUAUCUAUUUGAGCUGGAACCCUGAUAACCAUCCAGGUGUUCAGACCCUGCGUUUCCCAUCCAAUCAGAUCUGGACACCGGAUAUUCUACUUUAUAACAGUGCUGAUGAAAGAUUUGAUGCCACCUUCCAUACAAACGUCCUGGUUAAUGCAUCAGGUGCAUGCCAGUACAUACCGCCAGGUAUCCUAAAGAGCACAUGUUAUAUAGAUGUACGUUGGUUUCCAUUCGAUAUACAAAAAUGUGACCUCAAGUUCGGUUCCUGGACUCAUAAUGGAUGGCUGCUGGAUCUACAGAUGCAAGCAGUGGACAUAUCAUCAUACAUCCCCAAUGGAGAGUGGGAUUUAGUGGCUGUUCCUGGGAAGCGAAAUGAGCUGUAUUAUGAAUGCUGUAAAGAGCCGUACCCUGACGUGACAUUUACAGUAACUAUGCGCAGAAGAACGCUGUACUACGGGCUGAACCUGCUCAUUCCCUGUGUGCUCAUCUCUGGUUUGGCUCUGCUAGUCUUUCUGCUGCCUGCCGAUUCUGGAGAGAAGAUAUCGCUGGGGAUUACUGUCCUCUUGUCAUUAACUGUGUUCAUGUUGCUGGUGGCUGAGAUCAUGCCAGCCACUUCUGACUCAGUUCCUCUCAUAGCUCAGUACUUAGCCAGCACCAUGAUGAUUGUGGGCUUGUCAGUUGUUGUGACCGUUCUCGUUCUGCAGUUUCAUCAUCAUGAUCCACAAGGAGGCAAGAUGCCAAGAUGGGUGCGGGUGAUCCUGCUGAACUGGUGCGCCUGGUUCUUACGCAUGAAGAAGCCGGGCGAGGACAGGAAAGCCAACUACAAAUACGACCACUCUCCCGUUCAUCACGCCAGCGCCGGCAGCAUUCAGAUGGGGGUGAUGGCCGGUCAGUCCUCCUCGGCCAACUCCACGACAAACGGUCACAUGAACCUGUAUUUUGGCUAUCACUCCAUCGAUAGUGCUUGCUGCCCACCCAGCAGCGACUCGGGGGUGUCCUGCAGCGGAGGGCGAAUCAGCGGGUCGCCCGAGGAACAGAGGGAGGCGGUUAGGCUGUACACAGGCGAGCAGGAGAUUAAUCGCAUUCUGGCGGAAGUGAUGUACAUCGCUCAACGGUUUCGUGACCAGGACGAGGCGGAGGCCAUCUGCAGCGAGUGGAAAUUUGCUGCUGCCGUCGUCGAUCGCCUCUGUCUGGUGGCGUUUUCGCUUUUCUCCAUUAUCUGCACCUUUACCAUUCUGAUGUCGGCGCCAAACUUCAUCGAAGCAGUCUCAAAAGACUUCACAUAAUCACCAGCAUUGCGUUUUUGUUUCAUUUAAGUUCUUUUGGUAAACAUGUUAAAAAUGUAAAAUGGCACCAUGUGAUUGAGUGUGAAAAGUAUCUACUGUACCACCAAAGUUGAUUCCUUCCUACUCUAAUUGUCUCAGUGUGAACAGUUAUUACAAUUCAGAAAAAAAAAUGAUAAAAUUGUGUAUUUUUGAAAUGUGAUUUUUCAAACAAACAAACAAACACAAUGUAUUGGGUUGAUAUUUUAUGUCUUUAUAUACUGGGCACUUGGGUUGGUUUAUGUAAAAAAGUGUACCAGCACUGCAUAUUCACAACAAUAGUUCAAAAUGUGUCUGUGAGGCUUAUUUGUGGAAACACAAACAUUAACGUAUUAAUCCCAUGUAAGCAAUUCACUGUUUUUUGGCAUUAACAAUAUUUUGACAUUAUUAUUAUAUUGUUUAGAAGUCUUUUUUUUGUUUAUAUUGUUUAUAUUUUGUUUAUAGAAGUAUUUUUUAUUGUUUAUAUUUCUAAAGUAUCUAAAACGGAUUUGUAGCAAAUGCUUCCUUACCAAAGCAGCAAUAACAUUCAAGACAGAAUUUACAAAAAUGCUCUGUCACUUUUAUCAUGUUGUCAUUUUUACAUAAAUGUCACAGUUGUUAGUGUGUUUUAAACUCUCACGUGUGUCAGUUUGUCCACGUAAUCGGAGUAACUUCAUUUUGUGACUUCAUUCUGACCCUGUGCUCUGUUUUAUUAGGUACAAAUAUAAUGUAAACACUGUGGAUACAAGUCAUUUUGUUAGAAAAUAUAGAUUUAAAAAAGCAAAGAAUUCAAAGAGUAUUUUAUUGAAGAAUUUGUUGGAAUGUACGGCUUUUCUGUUUAUUGGAAAGUAUGGCAUGUACUAGGUUUUUCACGUACAGAACAGAUUCUGUACAGUAUAUACAGUACUGUAUUACCUAUAUAAAAAGUGAACGCCAUCUGUUUUAGGAUUAUAAUUUUACUAAACUUUACUAUUCACUUUGAAACACAACCCUCUGCAGUUCUGUGCAUAGAAGAUAAAAGCAACAUCACAGUUCAUUUCGGUUUACAUUUU